GUCACAGACUGUCUUAAAGAAUCCAGGGCUUAUUAAUACUAAAUAAUGCUUAUUAAUUCAUAAAUGUAGAAAUAAAAUGAACUUGUUUCAUAUGCUGUAUAUUGUUUAGUAGUUGAGUUACAGCAUAGUCAUUAAUCUAUACACUGUGUUCACUUACUAAACAAGCAGGUAAUAUGAACUUAAUAGACAGUCUCCAAAUUCAGCCCAUAGCUGUAUAAAUAUUAGGAGUAAAUAUACAGACUGGAGCUCGGUGGAUUGAAACCCUACUGCUCACAGCCUGACAGUUAGUCACAAAACCAGGAAUUGACAGUAAUUGAGCAGGAUUGCAAAUGUUUAUAUUAAACAAGCCAAGUCGAAAACAAUCACUGGACAGUUAGAAAAUCUUCUGAUCUGGCUUAAAAUUUUAAUACAUGGGCCAACACAGGCUCCCUGAGAAAUUCUACUCUAAUGACUGAUCUUACAAGUCAUACCAUAGUUAAACUACAACACAAGACAGGAAAGAGGAAAAGGCAAGGAUGCCCCCUAGUGCCAAUCCACUGCAGGGUCUGAAGAAUGUUUCCCAUUCAGUGGGAAUGUUUCCGUUUUAUUCUUAUUGGGAACUUUUUGGAAUUCAAAGUGAAUUUAAAAUUUGAGGCCGAUAUAUUCCAACUGAAAAUAAAACUCACUAGGGUAACAUUUUCAAAUUUUGUGGCUAUUUUUGACUCUAAUUGGAAAUUCAUUUUGAAUAUGUGAGAGUUAACAUUUUAGUGCCAAAACCUCGAUGUGCAGUGACUGUAAUAUAAAAUAUAUUAUAAAAACACAGUGCACUGCGACAAGGUCAAACAUGCGCAACAGUUAGCGAAAUGAUAACCAUCCAAAUUUCACAAACCGGUUUUAUCCCAGUAUAGUAAAGUCAGAAAAUGAUAUUGUCCUAAACAGGCUGAUUAGUGAGGCCGACGAGAAAAGAACUGACUCCUUUGUGGCGGUUUAUGUUACAUCACAGGUUACAGAGAGCCAAGAACACUGAUAAAACUGAUGAUAUCUGGCAGCUUGCUGAGAAGUAUGGUCCAGUAUAUACUGUCUAUAUGGGGAUGGAGAGAGUUGUGGUGCUCUGCGGUUAUGACAUGGUGAGGUCAGCUCUGAAUGACCAUGGUGAACUGUUUAGUGCUCGGGGACAUUUGCCAAUACUGAAAAGGAUGAGCUUAGGAGGUCACGGGGUCAUUUAUAGUAAUGGUGAGCGCUGGAAGCAGCUGCGGCGAUUCUCUUUAAUGACAAUGAGAGACUUUGGGGUGGGAAAGAAAAACAUUGAGCAGAGGAUCCAGGAGGAAGCGUAUUUCCUUACCGCAGAAUUACGAAAAACCAACGGUCAGCCCCAGGAUCCCAAAUUUUAUUUCAGCAGAACUGUGUCUAAUGUGAUUUGUUCGGUUGUUUUUGGAAAGCGAUUUGAAUAUGAAAACGAGAAUUUCCUCAGACUAUUAAAUCUAAUAUGUAUAAUGUUUAUAAAUGCAAAUUCUUUUUGGGGACAGAUGUACAAUGUGUAUCCAAAAUUAAUGGAGAAGCUACCGGGGCCCCACAACAAAUUCUUCAAAGCAGUUGAUCAGGUUCAGGAAUUUAUUGCUGAAAGAAUCAAAAUGCAUGAAGAGACCCUGGAUCCAACUUCUCCCAGAGACUUCAUCGACUCUUUCCUUAUAAAGAUGGAGCAAGAGAAGGAUAAACCAAACACUCACUUUGACAUGGAUGCUCUUGUAAAUACGACCUUCGAUAUGUUUGUAGCUGGCACAGAAACAGUCAGUAUUACUCUGUGCUAUGGCCUGCUUAUCCUUCUCAAGCAUCCCGAUGUAGAAGAGCGGAUUCACCAGGAGUUGGAUCAGGUCAUUGGCAGAAACAGAGCUCCGUGUAUCGAAGACCGUUCUCGCAUGCCGUACACCGACGCGGUCAUCCAUGAGAUCCAGAGGUUCAUUGACCUCAUACCUCUUGGAAUUCCACACAAAGUGACUCAAGAUAUUGAGUUUAAAGAUUAUUUUAUCCCAAAGGAUACCACCAUCUACCCAGUGCUCAGCUCAGUGCUUCAGGACCCCAAACUGUUUAAAUAUCCGCAUGAAUUCAAGCCAAGCCAUUUCCUGGAUAGCGACGGCAAAUUCUGCAAGAAUGAUGGAUUUGUGCCAUUCUCAUCAGGGAAGCGGAUCUGUCUUGGAGAGGGCUUGGCUCGGAUGGAACUCUUCCUGGUUUUUACCACCAUUCUGCAGAACUUCACCUUGAGGUCCAUGGUGGCCACAGAAGAAAUUGACCUUUCCCCAGAGACAAGCGGAUUUGGGAAUUGUCCCCACCCUUACCAGCUGUGCUUCAUUGCUCGCUAAUUGCAUUCAAUUUUAUAUUUAAGUCACAAAAACCUAAUGCAUUCAAAAAUAAAUCUACUGAUUGUAACGCUGA